AUGGGUAGAGUAUGGAGUCUAGCGUAUGCAGACGAUAUAGUUACAAUUGCAAAUAAUAGGGAGGCGAUGCAGGAUAUAAUGGGGACUAUGAAGAAAUUUGUGAAAGAAAGAAAUCUAGAAUUAAUUGUAGAUAAGACGAAAAUGUUGGUUUUUAAUAGAAAAAGGAAAGAGAAAUAUGAGAAAUGGUUGUGGGAUGGUAAGACAAUUGAAGAGGUACAAGAAUUCAAAUACUUAGGAUUCAUGAUAAACAACAAAGGUAAUUAUAAAGAGCAUAUAAAGGAAAUGAGAAGAAAAAGUAGAAUGGUGGUAAGAAAAGUAUGGAGUUUAGGAGAAAGAAUAUGUAGGAAUGAUUGUAAGAGAAGAUGGACUCUAUUCAGGUAUUUAGUGCAGAGCGUGAUGGGUUAUGUAGUUGAAAUAUGGGGUUGGGAAGAAAAAGAGAAGCUUGAGAAAAUUAUGUUUGAUUAC